AUGGCACCAUCUAUCAAACAAAUCUUCUCCAAAGAUAGUUUCAGAAAACAUAAGAAACUCGUUUCACUAUCCGCCGCCGUAGCCUUACUCCUCGUAACCGCCGUCGCCGGAAUCACCAUCGGAGCUUCAAAAACCAACGAAAACAGAAAAAUAACUCUAUCUCCAUCCUCUCACGCCGUGUUAACAUCCGCCUGCAGCUCCACGCGUUACCCUGAGCUAUGCUUCUCCUCCGUGGCCACCUCCAGUGGAGUCAAGCUUUCGUCGCAGAAAGACGUCAUUGAGGCUUCCCUAAACCUCACGAAAAUUGCCGUUGAACACAACUACUUCACGGUGAAGAAGCUGAUCAAGAAUAGGAAAGGACUAACUCCUCGUGAGAAGACGGCUCUUCAUGAUUGUUUAGAGACUAUUGAUGUGACGCUCGAUGAGCUUCACGAGGCGGUGGAAGAUCUCCAUUUGUAUCCUAACAAAAAGUCUCUCCGGGAACACGCCGGUGAUCUCAAAACACUAAUUAGCUCCGCCAUUACCAACCAGGAAACUUGUUUAGACGGCUUCUCUCAUGACCGCGCCGACAAGAAUGUCCGUAAGGCCUUGUUGAAGGGUCAGAUGCACGUAGAGCACAUGUGCAGCAACGCACUAGCAAUGAUCAAGAACAUGACUGAUACCGAUAUAGCCAAUUUCGAGCUAAAAGCUAAACUCACCUCAAACAACCGUAAACUCAAGGAGGAGGAGACUACGGUUGCCGUAGAUAUUGCUAGCGCCGGAGAAUUAGACGCCGAGGGGUGGCCGACUUGGUUAUCCGCAGGAGAUAGGAGGCUUCUUCAAGGGUCUACAGUGGAAGCCGAUGCUACCGUGGCGGCUGAUGGUAGCGGUACAUUCACCACUGUGGCGGCUGCGGUUGCGGCGGCCCCAGAGAAUAGUAAUAAGAGGUAUGUAAUACAUAUAAAAGCUGGAGUUUAUAGAGAGAAUGUGGACGUGCCCAAGAAGAAAAAGAAUAUAAUGUUUAUGGGAGAUGGUCGGACAACGACUAUUAUUACCGCAAGUAGAAACGUCGUGGACGGUAGCACCACCUUUCACUCUGCCACCGUUGCUGCCGUCGGCGAGAGAUUCUUAGCGCGUGACAUCACUUUCCAGAACACGGCCGGUCCAUCGAAGCACCAAGCGGUGGCUCUACGUGUCGGUUCUGAUUUCUCCGCUUUCUACCGAUGCGACAUGUUAGCUUACCAAGACACUCUCUACGUCCACUCUAACCGUCAGUUCUUCGUCAACUGUCUCAUCGCCGGAACCGUCGACUUCAUUUUCGGAAACGCCGCCGUGGUUCUCCAAAACUGUGACAUCCACGCUCGUAGACCAAACUCCGGCCAGAAAAACAUGGUCACGGCCCAAGGAAGGACUGACCCUAACCAAAACACUGGAAUAGUUAUCCAGAACUGUCGGAUUGGUGCCACAUCGGAUUUAAUGUCCGUGAAAAGUAGCUUUCCUACGUAUCUUGGUCGGCCGUGGAAGGAAUAUUCGCAGACGGUGAUAAUGAAGUCGGAUAUCUCUGACGUGAUCCGACCCGAGGGGUGGUUCGAGUGGAGUGGGACUUUUGCGUUGAGCACUCUGACUUACAGAGAGUAUGCGAACACAGGAGCAGGAGCUGGAACUGGAGGUAGAGUUAAGUGGAAUGGUUUUAAGGUAAUAACAGAUGUUGCUGAAGCUGAGCCAUAUACGGCUGGUCAGUUUAUUGGUGGUGGAGGCUGGUUAGCUUCGACUGGUUUCCCUUUCUCUCUUGGAUACUUCAAAGUAGAUGAGGAAGCUCAAGAAAUAGCCUUGAAGAAAAAGGCGUACAAACGUUUGUUUCUUGUGGCUGCCUCCGUCGUGAUCCUGCUCGGUGUUAUCAUCGGCGGUUCCGUCGCCGUUGCUCGUAACCAGAGAAACUCUUCACAUGGUUCGUCGCCUAACACAACUCCAGAGUUGACUCCAGCCGCUUCGCUCAAGAACGUGUGUAGCGUUACUCGGUUCCCUGAUGCUUGUAUCUCAAGCAUCUCCAAGAUUCCAUCAUCCAACACGACCGAUCCUGAGGUUAUCUUUAAACUUUCCCUGAAGGUGGUCGUUGACGAGCUCGCUUCGAUCUCCGACUUGCCUAGGAAGCUAGCUGAAGAGACUGACGAUGAAGGAAUCAAAUCAGCGCUUAGUGUUUGUGGAGAGAUGCUAGACGUGGCGUUGGAUAGUGUCAACGAGACAGUUUCCGCUAUGGAUGUUGGAGACGGUAACAACAUCUUGACCUCUGGUAAGAUAGACGAUCUCAAGACGUGGCUCACCGCGGCCAUAACAUACUACGAGACAUGUUUCGACACACUCGCUGAGAUCAGCCCUAACCAGACAGAGAGCAAGACUUCUAUAGUCUCGCAGAAUCUUACAUCAGCCAUGAGAAACUCCACCGAGUUCACAAGCAACAGUCUAGUCAUAGUGGCUAAGAUCCUCUCUACCUUGAGCGACUUUAAUAUCCCUAUUCACAGGAGACGGCUACUGAGUUCAAACUCGUUCCCAUCUUGGGUGAGCCCUAGGGUGCGACGGUUACUUGCGGCGAAGAGUGUAACGCCUAACGUGACGGUGGCGGCUGAUGGAUCUGGUGAUGUGUGGACGGUUAACGAGGCGGUGGUAAAGAUCCCUAAGAAGUCGAACGCAACGUUUGUUAUAUACGUGAAAGCUGGUACGUAUGUGGAGAAUGUUGUUAUGGAUAAGAGCAUGUGGAAUGUUAUGAUCUACGGCGACGGUAAAGACAAGACCAUUAUUUCUGGUAGCAAGAACUUCGGCGUUGAUGGGAUUAAAACCUACUAUACGGCUACAUUGGGUGUCCAAGGUAAAGGCUUCAUUAUGAAGGACAUAGGAAUCAUAAACACAGCCGGACCAGAAAAAUCCCAAGCCGUGGCGUUCCGUUCAGACUCCGACCAGUCAGUCUACUACCAAUGCUCAUUCGACGGUUACCAAGACACUCUCUACACUCACGCCAAGCGUCAAUUCUACCGUGACUGCGACGUCACUGGCACAGUCGACUUCAUUUUCGGUAACGCCGCCGUCAUCUUCCAGAGCUGCACCAUUCGACCACGUCAGCCACUUCCUAAGCAAUCCAACACAAUCACCGCUCAGGGCAGAACCGAAGAGAAGCAGAACUCUGGUACCGUGAUACAGGGAUGCACGAUCACAGCCAACGGAAACGUAACCGCUGCGACGUAUCUUGGCCGUCCAUGGAAGCAGUAUUCUACAACGGUGAUUAUGGAGUCGGAGAUUGGACCGCUUGUGGGGGCCGCAGGGUGGUUGAGGUGGGAUACUGGGGUUGAUCCACCGUCGACUAUAUUGUAUGGAGAGUAUAAGAAUUCUGGGCUUGGAGCGGGCCUGACUGAGAGAGUUGACUGGGCCGGGUAUAAGCCCAGUAUGUCUGCUAGCGAGGCAGGGAGGUUUACAGUUGAUGCCUUUAUCGAUGGGAAAGAUUGGUUACCUGCGACGGGAGUGCCGUAUCAGCCAAGUUUCUAUUAA